AGCUUUCCUGUGGGAGCAGCCGCCGCGGAGAUCUCUGGCCAGUGUCGCUUCCACCUGUCCACAAACGUGGGGAAUAUCUUUGCAAACCUCUUCAAGGGCCUUUUUGGCAGGAAAGAAAUGCGCGUUCUCACGGCGGGCCUGGAUGCUGCAGGGAAGACAACAAGUUCUGUACAAACUGAAGCAGGGCGCGAAAUUGUGACCACCAUUCCCACCACUGGUUUCAACGUGGAGACUGUUGAAUACAAGAAUAUCGGCUUCACCGUGUGGGAUGUGGGUGGCCAGGACAAGAUUCGGCCGCUGUGGCGCCACCACUUCCAGAACACCCAAGGGUCGGUCUUCGUGGUGGGCAGCAAUGACAGAGAGCGUGUGAACGAGGCCUGUGAAGAGCUCAGGACGAUGCUCGCUGAAGAUGAGCUCCAAGAUGGCGUUCUCUUGGUGUUUGCCAACAAGCAGGACCUUCCCAUGAAUGUGGCCAAAAUCACAGACAAGCUGGGGCUGCACUAUCUACGCCACAGGAACUGGUACAUUCAGGCUACCUGUGCCACCAGCGGGGACGGACUCUAUGAAGGACUAGACUGGCUGUCUAAUCAGCUCCGGAACCAGAAGCGAACCAGACCCCUCCUUCCCCCUCACUUCCUCUUCUCCGCCCUCAGCUUUCCUCUCAUGUGGCAAACGUGCGACUCUGUGGUCCUGAGUGCCAGAAGCUGUCUCCAUGGGUUGGUCACAGUGUGCAUUGCACCGUGCUGUACAUGUGCAGACGCAGCCUGCAGCCAGGUUUUUAUUUAAUGUAAAUAGUUUCUGUUUCCACUGAGGCAGUUUCUGGUACUCCUAUGCAAUGUUACUUAGCUUUUUUAUUGU